GGCCCCUCCCCGGCGCUGCCCCCCUGAAAAGCGCGGUCCCCGCGGGGUGGGGCGGCCAGAGCGGCGGCGAGGAUGGAGAAGAGCAGCUUCGCCAUGGCCAAGUUCGGGCUGGAGCACAAGGAGGCGAUGCCGAAGCGCGACUGCGGCUUUUACGUCAAAUACAUUUUCCUUUUCACCUCGCUGAUCCAAUUCCUGAUCAUCCUGGGGCUGGUGCUCUUCAUGGUGUACGGCAACGCCCAGGCGGGCACCGACACCCACCUGAGGCUGCUGGAGGAGCAGGUGAAGAGCCACUACCACAAGGUGACCGUCCUGAGCGCCGCCAACUCCAACCUGAGCCGCGUGCUCAACGCCACCCUGAAGGACAGGGACAAGGCGCAGGGGGUGGCGCUGAAGGCGCAGAGGGAGCUGGAGAAGUGUAACAGCAGCCAGGCCUCCAGCAGCAUCCCGCAGCUGCGGGAGCUCCUGUUCCGGCAGGUGAGGCUGACCGAGUGCCAGGUGAUCACCGCCCUCAUCAACAACACCUGCACAGCCGAGAAGCUGCAGCUGCAGCGGCAGCUGGACCAGGCCAGCUUGUCCAAGAAAACCCUGGAGGAGAAGGGCAGGGAGAGCCAGGCCAAGCUGGGCGAAGCCAAGCAGGAGGGGGACAAGUGCCAGCAGGAGCUGCAGAGCGCCAGGACCGAGGGUCGCCUGAGCAGGAUGGAGCUGGAGGUGCACAAGCAGCGCUGCAGCUCCCUGCAGAGCGACGUGAGCGAGAAGAUCCUGAGGGUGUUGGAUCUGGCCAAGCAGUACCAGUGCAAGGAAGCCGAGAAGGAGCUGGGGCAGAUCCGGGUGAGCGUGGAGGAGCUGCUGCGGCGGCAGAAGGAGCGCGACUCGCACUUCGUCUGGAGGAGCAGCUGCGAGCUGAGCGUGCAGCAGUGCCGCCACAACUGCAGCCGGGAGGUGCAGGAGCUGCAGCAGAGCAUGCAGGGGCUGGAGAAGCGGCAGAGGGACGGCGAGGAGGAGAGGAAGAGGCUGCAGGCCGAGAAGGAGAAGGUGGGGAAGGAGCUGGAGGAGCAGAGGAAGGCGGCGGCGGCGAUGGAGGAGUCGCUGAGGCAGCAGCUGGGGGUCUGCGUGGGAACCAAGGUGGGGACGUGGGGACAUGGGACAGGGGACAUGGGACAUGGGGCAUGGGACAUGGGACAUGAGUUCUUCUCCAAGCUGGGUUACGAGGUGGUGGCGCCGGAUUUGGCGGGGCACGGCUGCAGCUCGGCGCCGCCCGUGGCCGCCGCCUACACCUUCUACGCGCUGGCCGAGGACAUGAGGGCCGUGUUCAAGCGCUACGCCAAGAAAAGGAACAUCCUCAUCGGGCACUCCUACGGGGUGUCCUUCUGCACCUUCCUGGCUCACGAGUACCCCGAGCUGGUGCACAAGGUGAUCAUGAUCAACGGCGGCGGCCCCACGGCGCUGGAGCCCAGCCUGUGCUCCAUCUUCAACCUGCCCCCGUGUGUGCUGCACUGCCUGUCCCCCUGCCUGGCCUGGAGCUUCCUCAAGGCCGGCUUUGCCCGCCAAGGUGCCAAGGAGAAGCAGCUGCUGAAGGAGGGCAACGCCUUCAACGUCUCGUCCUUCGUGCUGAGGGCCACCAUGAGCGGGCAGUACUGGCCCGAGGGGGACGAGCUGUACCACGCCGAGCUGGCCGUGCCCGUGCUGCUGGUCCAUGGCAUGCACGACAAGUUUGUGCCCAUCGAGGAGGACCAGAGGAUGGCAGAGAUCCUGCUGAUCGCCUUCCUGAAGGUGAUCGACGAGGGCAGCCACAUGGUGAUGCUGGAGUGCCCCGACACGGUGAACACGCUGCUGCACGAGUUCGUCCUCUGGGAGCCCGACACGCCCGCGGCCCGCGGCGACGGCGACACCAAAUGAGGGCCAGCGACACGCGGGGACAGCGGGCUGGCUGUCCCCGCGGCAGAGGCGGAGCGCGGAGCGGGCUCGGCCCAGGCGCCAGCCCGGUUUGUGCCCGGGGCCGGGCGAGGAGGA